UUGGACACCUCUGAUGGUACAGUAUGUCUUACCUGGAGAGCUGGGAGACGGGCGUGUUUUGUUUGUAAUUAAUAUUCACAAGUUCACUUUUGAUAGACGGCACCCUAAACCAAUCAAAGUAGCAAUCGGGUUGGAGUGAUUCGGUGGUGGGCUUGGCUACGUGUAUGAGCCAAUUAAAGUUGAUUCCAGUAAUAAGGAGAAGGCCGCCGUGGAAUUGGACCGGAAGCUGUCACUUGGGAAACGGUGACGAACGGUCGCUGUCCUGGGUGUCUGUUUUGUCUAAACUAUGGAUAUCUCUAAACUCAGUUUAUCACUUUGCUUGUACCAAAUCUCCAAUGUCAAAUACCAAGUUAUAUAGCAUGCUCGCAGGCUAAGUUAAUUUCCUGGCAUCAAAAUCAUGCGAUAUAUCAUGUCUUUGAACCUCUGUGACAUUGCAUUGAUCUAACACAGCGCUAACCAAGCUGUUUAUUUUAUUUUGGUUGCCCCGUGUUCCUCCUUUAUUUGCCUAUUUGAUUUUGACAUGCCCCACUGGCUGUUUAUGCAACAAGCCACGAUGUCCCUUGGUACCGUGAGUACUGGCAAAUUGACUGGAAUCUCAAUUGUUCAGACGCUCGGUGCUGAUGACGCCGUCAGUGGGGUACUGUCACCGGAGUGUCUGCAGAUUGCGGGGUUUAGGCAUCGCCAGCGGAUCUUCAAGCUCUCAGACCGUGUUCACUGCGCGAGGCAAGAUUGAAGCGCGCGGGUUCAGCGUUCAACUGAAAGGUGCUGCGCCGUGGAGCCUCACUGGAAAUCGCCUUUGUAACCCGAACACUUUGCACGUGCGAUGCUUUUGACUGCAUUAACCCAGUUUGAUUUCAAGGUAAAUGUUGACGAGACCAUUGACAUGCUGCCGAAAUCAAGGAAAGCGCUUACCAUUCAAGAGAUCGCGGCGCUGGCCAGGUCGUCGUUGUACGGUAUCUCCCAGGUGGUGAAGGACCACGUGACCAAGCCCACGGCGAUGGCGCAGGGGCGGGUGGCCCACCUGAUCGAGUGGAAGGGCUGGUGCAGGCCGUGCGACUCCCCCGCCGCCCUGGAGUCCCACUUCAGCUCGUACUCGCACCUGACCGAGGGGGAGCAGGAGGCGCGCUUCGCCGCCGGCGUGGCCGAACAGUUUGCCAUUGCCGAAGCCAAACUGAGGGCGUGGUCAUCUGUGGACGGGGAGGACUCGUACGAGGACUCCUGCGACGAGGACGCCGCGCCGUACAGCGAUCCCAACCUGACGACACAGAGCGGAGACUCCUCCCUCUACCCCCAGUUCAUCCAGGACCUGUGGCAGGGGCAGGUGUUCCAGCCGGAGGUGCCGCGCCCGGCCGAGGAUAGCCCCGCCACUCCCGGAGCCCCGGCGGACACGCCCGACACCUUCUGCUCCAGGGUGUCCUGCCUGGAGGACGGCCCGGUGCCCGAGAGCACGCCAAAUCCGCCCCCCUCGCCGUCCCAUGCGGGGUGCCCGCGGGGGGGCCAGGAGCCACUGGAGGAGGAGGAGGCGAAGGUGGGGGACAGCACCCCCUGCUGCCCCAGCAGGGGCAUGAGCCAGGACUCCGCCUACACCCCUUCCAGCUGCCUGUCCUACCUGGAUGCGGAGGACGAAUUGGAGAGCACCGACCGGGAUGUCCUGCUCGGGAACACCACCUGCCGGAAGGUCUUGGAUGAGCCCUCCUCUGGAGCCAUGUCCUUGGAGGAGGAGGAGGAGGAUGAAGAUGAGAGGAGGGAGGAAGGACAUCAGUGACUCAAAUCCAUCCCCUUCCCCUCAUUCACAUUUUGGGGGGGGGUUGUAUGAUCUCUCCAUUCCUCUUCAAAGGAACCCCACCCCCCCUUCUCCAUCCCACUUCCCCAUCCUCAGCUCUAACCUGCUGUAAUAUACAAACCUUUACAUCUCCACUCCCUGGAGUGAUGUGAUUGUGGAAACGCACACGACAGAAGAACUUUAUCUUUAAAUAUGUCUGAAUGUGUUUCCAGGUUUUUUUCGGCAACACCCCCAUAUACCCUACCUCUUCUCCCUGCUCUUCCCUGUCACCCCCUUCACAAAACCGCUCUCCUCUGUUGACUCCCCCAUACCCCCCCCCCCCCCCCC